CGUUCGGAUCUAGAAGCGCAACUGGAACUUUUCAGAGGGUUGGAUGUUUAGUAUGUUUCAAUGUCAAAAACAAGUCCGUUUUUAAACUUCUGUUGUUGAGUAGCACAUGCCGCUUUUCUCGGGCAGUGUGCACACUCGUAGUUCAGUUGUAUCCGCAGUUGAGCCACUGUUGCUUUUUUGCUCUGUCUGCCAUAGCAACAAAGCUAACGUUGUUAGCUGCGUGGCUAACACAUUCUUCAUUCAUUCCUUUAUAACUGGAUACAGUGUUAGCAUAGUUGUAGCUAACGGUGUUAGCUAAUCUUGUGAUUUAACAAUUUAACACCUGCUAACAUAGUCCUGAAGGAGGUUGCUGACAUUUUGUCUUUGGUUCCAGUUUGCACAGUUGUCACUAUUUACGAGACCCAAUUCAGGUGACAGUGACCCAACAUGUUUCGUCCCAAACCGACUCUGAAGGACCGACAGCACCUGUAUAAGCUCAUCAUCAGCCAGCUGCUGUACGAUGGAUACACCAACAUCGCCAACAGUCUCAUCAAUGAGGUCAAGCCGCAGAGCGUUGUGUCUCCUUCUGAGCAGCUCAUGCAGCUGGCAAAGAUAGGAAUGGAAAAUGACGAUAGUGCCGUUCAGUAUGCCAUUGGCCGCUCAGAUACAGUGGCGCCUGGUGUUGGCAUUGAUCUGGAAUUUGACGCAGAUGUCCAGACCAUGUCUCCAGAGGCGUCAGAGUAUGAGACCUGCUACGUCACAUCUCAUAAGGGCCCUUGUCGUGUUGCCACAUACAGUCGAGAUGGUCAACUGAUUGCUACUGGCUCUGCUGAUGCCUCCAUCAAGAUCCUGGAUACUGAACGCAUGCUGGCCAAGAGCGCCAUGCCCAUUGAGGUGAUGAUGAAUGAGACCGCACAGCAAAACAUGGAGAAUCAUCCUGUGAUUCGGACACUGUAUGACCACGUUGAUGAAGUCACCUGCCUUGCCUUCCAUCCCACUGAACAAAUUCUGGCAUCUGGAUCGAGAGAUUACACCCUGAAACUGUUUGACUACUCGAAGCCCUCUGCAAAAAGAGCCUUUAAAUAUAUACAGGAAGCAGAAAUGCUGCGUUCAAUCUCAUUCCACCCUUCAGGUGACUUCCUGUUAGUGGGGACGCAGCACCCCACCCUGCGCCUCUAUGAUGUCAACACUUUCCAGUGCUUCGUGUCCUGCAACCCAUUGGACCAGCACACAGACACCAUCAGCGGCGUCAGCUACAACCCCACCGCUAACAGCUAUGUCACCUGCAGCAAGGACGGCAGCAUUAAACUGUGGGACGGCGUCUCUAACCGCUGCGUGACAACCUUUGAGAAAGCGCACGACGGAGCAGAGGUCUGCUCUGCCAUCUUCUCCAAGAACUCCAAGUACAUCCUGUCCAGUGGGAAAGACUCGGUGGUCAAACUUUGGGAGAUCUCCACAGGCCGGACACUGGUCAAGUACACAGGUGCGGGGCUGAGCGGCCGUCAGAUGCACCGUACGCAGGGCGUGUUCAACCACACGGAGGACUACGUGCUGCUGCCCGACGAGCGCACCAUCAGCCUCUGCUGCUGGGACUCCCGCACGGCCGAGAGGAAAAACCUGCUGUCUCUGGGUCACAACAACAUCGUCCGCUGUAUCGUCCACUCACCGACCAACCCGGGCUUCAUGACCUGCAGCGACGACUUCAGGGCCCGCUUCUGGUACCGCCGCACCACCACAGACUGAACCGCCGACACAGGAUCGUCUGUUAUCUUUGUGAAUUUUUCCCUGACCUCAGUGAGUUCCCACAGUAUUUUGAUUCAUCUUUCAUUUUCAGUUCAUGUGAAAGUGGGCAGUGGGGUCAGUGGGACAGUACUUAAGAAGUAUGUUGAGCUUGUCUUUUCUUUUUGAGGAACUAUAAAGGAGCUUAGAACCUUUAGUUGUAACACUCUUCUCACAUUUCUUAGAAAUCAGCCGCAGCUUUCGUUUGUUUUCCACUUUUAUAUUUUGUCUAUGUCCUUAUGUUGUAAUUCAGAUUUUUAAUAAA